GACGGCGCCGUCGGCAAGACCUGCAUGCUCAUCUGCUACACCAGCAACAGGUUCCCCAGCGAUUACAUCCCCACCGUGUUCGACAACUUCAGCGCCAACGUCUCCGUCGACGGCAACAUCGUCAACCUCGGCCUGUGGGACACCGCCGGGCAAGAGGACUACAGCAGGCUGAGGCCGCUGAGCUACAGAGGCGCCGACGUCUUCGUGCUCGCCUUCUCCCUCAUCAGCAGCGCAAGCUACGAGAAUGUCCUCAAGAAGUGGAUGCCAGAGCUCCGCCGGUUCGCGCCCAACGUCCCCAUUGUUCUAGUUGGGACCAAGCUAGAUCUGCGUGACCACAGAGCCUACCUCGCCGACCAUCCCGGUGCCUCGGCAAUCACAACCGCACAGGGUGAAGAACUCAGGAAGCAGAUCGGCGCCGCAGCGUACAUCGAGUGUAGCUCAAAGACACAGCAGAACGUCAAGGCUGUCUUCGACACCGCCAUCAAGGUGGUCCUUCAGCCGCCGAGGAGGAGGGAGGUGAUGGCGGCCAGGAAGAAAACUAGGCGAAGCUCUGGAUGCUCCAUCAUGCACUUGAUGUGUGGCAGCACGUGUGCUGCCUGAAUUAGCACCCUGGACUGACUCUGGAGACGAAGCAUGGUGUAGUGGCAAGUCGAUUUGCUGACAUAGCGCGGGCGUCUUUCUAAUGCUUCGGUUCUGUUUAGCUACUACUAUAUGUUGCGUGUUUCGGUUUCUACUUCCCAAUCCUGGAGCUGUCUAGGAUCGACUAUUCGGAUUGUAGGUGUAAUGUUAUGUAAGCAAGGUUGUGUAACAACUAGAUACAGGCAAGCUAUAAGUUUAUGGUUAGCAUCUCGUA